AUGUUCAAAAAUACUUAUCAGAAUGGGUUACUUUCGAUAUUCUAUAGCUGCGGGUCAAAUCCAUUGGCUAUAUGGGAUAUGGAAGUAAAUAAUGGUCACAUAAAAAGGUUAACCGAUAGUGAAGUAAAUUCCAUAGUUUUAGAGAUUGUGAGCACAAAUGUAGCAACUACAUAUAUUAGUUGCCCAAGAGGUAACCAAGUUCUCGAUGAUAAACAUAUGCGAAGACGUUUUAGAAUAUCAAACUUCCAGUCUACGACUAAGAUAAAACCAUUUUGCACAACUAUGCCCAUCGGUCUAGCUGGUGGCUGGAAUCAGAUUCAGUUCAAUUUAUCAGAUUUUACAAGACGUGCAUACGGGACACAAUUUUUGGAAACUCUUCGUGUUCAAAUACAUGCCAAUGCGCGUCUACGAAGGAUUUACUUUGCAGAGCGUCUUUACACUGAGGAAGAAUUACCACAGGACUAUAAACUGUAUUUGCCUUUGGACCACAAGCAUAAAAAAGGGAAAGCUGAAAAGAAAGAGGCGGCAUCUCCUGCCGCUGCGAAAACACCUCCUACAAAGGCUGCCCCUGCUGCUCCGACACCACCACCAGUAGAGGAAGCCCCACCACCUCCACCACCUGAGGCUACACCGCCUCCAGUAGAGACACCACCACCCGAAUUGCAGGCGGAUGCUGAUGCGAAAGAAAGUGAAGUCACAGAAACACCUGCAUCCACUGAAGCUGGAGAUGAAAAGCCACCUGAAAUGGAAGGCGAGGCAGAAGCUCCACCUGAAGGUGAGCCUAUUGAACAGAUUACUGAAGAGAAAGCAGAAGCAGAAGUGGAGGAACAACCUGUUGGAGGAGACGAGACUCCCUUAGAGGCAGAGGCCGCAGAGGCAGCGGAAGCACCACCAGAGUAA